GAUGUCUGAAUGGCAAUUUGCGAAUUGCAAUGGUGCUCAUAAUUCAAAACACCCACAUGAAGAUGACAAAGCUACAAUUGAAAAAAGAGAAAAAAAAAACAAUCAUAAUACAACGUUUAUAUUGUAUAUUUUUAUUACAUUAAUACCCUCUUUUUAGGGAUAUUUUUCUAAAAAUUGAACUAACGCGAAACCGGGCUGGUGUAUAGUCCUUGACCCUUUGAUCUGUGUGAGUUAACUCGAGAGAUACCCAGUGGGCUUGCAUCAUGCGUUGGCUUAUUUAUCAGACAGUCCAAACGGAUAGUUCAGGUAGCCCGUGGCUGAGCUGAUUUGCAAAUUGCAGUUGCAAUUGCAGUUUGCACUCCUGGAAUGCAAUUGAUUGAUACUCAGUUGUUAAUUGAGAAAAAUCAUGGAAGAAACUCAAACUGAAGAAGAAAUAUUACUACUGCAGGAGCUUGAAAACGUGGAGGCUGAAAUUCAAGACGUCCAAGAGGAAAUACAAGUAUUGCUGGAGCGUCAAGAGAAGUUAAAUGAGAGGAAAUCCGAACUGAAAGCUAUACUGGAAACAUGUAGUAGUAGUACUAGAAGAGGAGCUCCUUCUUCUCCCACUACUGCAUCAGAUAUUAAUUGGUCUGGUCCAUUUGAAUGGGACGCUCAAGCUGAUCGUGAUAAGUUUCACGUGUUUGGAAUCACCUCAUAUCGUCCAAAUCAGCGUGAAAUCGUCAAUGCUGUGAUGAGUGGAAGAGAUGUUCUAGUGAUAAUGGCUGCAGGUGGAGGAAAGAGUCUUUGUUAUCAGCUUCCAGCUAUUCUUCGUGAUGGGGUUUCUCUUGUUAUUAGUCCUUUGAUUUCUUUAAUUCAAGAUCAGGUUAUGGGUUUAAAAGCCUUGGGCAUUCCAGCUUACAAGCUUACUUCAACCACUUCCAAAGAAGAUGAGAAAUUCAUUUACAAGGCUCUUGAAAAGGGUGAAGAGAUGCUUAAGAUAUUAUAUGUUACUCCUGAAAAGGUCUCGAAGAGCAAACGUUUUAUGUCCAAACUUGAAAAAUGCCACCAUCGAGGUCAUCUCUCUAUAAUAGCGAUUGACGAGGCUCAUUGCUGUAGCCAGUGGGGUCACGAUUUCCGUCCAGAUUACAAGAACCUUGGUAUUCUCAAGAUUCAGUUUCCCAAUGUACCUGUGUUGGCUUUGACUGCGACUGCCACUCAGAAAGUCCAAUAUGAUCUAAUGGAGAUGCUGCAUAUUCCAAAAUGCGUUAGAUUUGUUAGCACAGUCAACCGCCCAAAUCUGUUUUAUAUGGUACGAGAAAAGUCAUCAGUUGGUAAGGUUGUUAUUGAUGAAAUUGCUGAAUUCAUUCGGGAAUCUUAUCCGAAUAAUGAAUCUGGAAUAGUCUAUUGCUUCUCCAGAAAAGAAUGUGAACAGGUUGCAGCAGACUUGCGUGAGAGGGGAAUUUCAGCUGACUAUUACCAUGCAGAUAUGGAUGUCAAUGCUCGCGAGAAAGUUCAUAUGAGGUGGAGCCAAAACAAGUUGCAGGUCAUUGUUGGCACGGUGGCGUUUGGUAUGGGAAUUAACAAACCAGAUGUCAGGUUUGUCAUCCAUCACAGCCUGAGUAAAUCGAUGGAAACAUAUUACCAGGAAAGUGGUCGUGCUGGACGAGAUGGAGCCCCUUCUGAAUGUGUACUCUUUUUUAGGCCUGGUGAUGUUCCCAGGCAGAGUUCGAUGGUUUUCUAUGAGAAUUCUGGUUUGCAGAAUCUCUAUGACAUAGUACGAUAUUGCCAGUCUAAAAGAACAUGUCGCCGAAGUGCCUUUUUCCGACACUUUUCCGAGCCAUUACAAGACUGCAAUGGGAUGUGUGAUAACUGUGCAUUCUCAAAUGAGGUUAUGGAAGUUGACGUAACGAGUCAUGCAAAAACUAUGGUAUCGCUGCUGCAAGAUAUGCAUGACAAUGAUCAGAGAUUGACAAUGUUGCAAUUGGUGGACAAAGUGAAAAAUAAGCACAAGGAAUUAGGCGCUGACCUUAAAAGAGAGGAGAUAGAGCAGCUUGUGAUACAGCUUAUUCUAGAUAAUGUUUUUAAAGAAGAGUUUCAGCAUACAGCUUAUGCUACGAAUGCUUACGUGAAAACAGGACCUUUGGCAAAGCAGGUCCUGCAAGGGAGGAAGAUUGUUAAGCUUGAGAUUUCUAAUAAACAGAACAAGGAUGGUAAAAUGAACAAAGCAAAACGAAGCCUCAUGUUGUCGGGGCUAGAGUUUAAGCUUGACAAGUUGCGGAAAGAACUCUCGGCAGAACAUGAGGGAAUACUUCCUCAUUCUGUCUUAUCUAGUCAACAGAUGAGCAUGAUCAGUGCGCAGAAACCAAAUUCAACAGAAGAGUUGGAGAAGAUAAUUGGGAAACUGAAGACAGAAAGGUAUGGAAAUAGAAUUCUUGAAGAAAUCAAGAAGUUCGCAGGCUCCAAUGAGUCUGAUAAUGGCAUAUUGAAUGACGAAGGCAGCAAGAGAAGACCUAGCAAGAGACUGAAGACCAAAAAGGAUCUUGUUCUUAUAGAGAGCAGUGAUGACGAAUAAGUGAAAAUUUAAUCGAUGCUUGCAGAACUUUACCCUUACUCUAAUUAAUCCUAAGGAGAGAGUGGCUCACUGUGGGCAAACUUUGCACGUCUGCAAUCUGUUAUUUGGUUAAGAACCUGGGGUGGUCUUGUUUGCUCUCCUAAAUAUUCCUAUCGUUGGUCCUCUUACUAAGCGCAAGUUGUAUUGAUCAGGAAUAGUUUUCAAAUGUCCAUGUCCGAAAUUUGGAAGCCAUAAACCCUUUUGUCAGUAUGUGCAAAACAGGUAACAUUCGGUUAGAGUGUUACUGCCUAUUAUUGGACACUAUUCGGAGUGCAUGGUUCACCAAUUUUGCUAGAUGGUGAAAUUAUUAUUGACCUUUAAUUACCAUUGUAAUUUCUCCUGUUUUAAAUGAAUUCUUCAACUUAGUUA